AUGAUUUCAACACCUACACAAUCAUCGCAAACAUCGAUUUCUUCUAUUUCACAUCACAGUAAUAGUAUACGAAAUUUAUCUCGAUCUGAUUUAAAUAUUGAAUAUACAUGCAAAAAAAAAUUAAAAUCAGGAAUAAAAUGGUUCAUAGAUCCAUUUCAACAAUGUUGUUCAUCGAAAACAAGGAUUCGUCAAACAUCUAAGUAUAUAUUCGAGUCUGAAUGUUUGAAAUCAGAACUCAAUCGAGUUAAUGGUCUAUUAAAAUAUUUUACUUUUGGUGUUAUGUUCACCAAUGGCUUAUUAAGUUUUAUUUUAUUUUUCAUUGGUCUAUGGAGUUCAUUUGAACAUCGUAAAAUUAGUCAUAUGCCAACAGUAAAUACAAAAGAGGCAAUAUCAUUAAAUCCAUUUAAUUUAAUUGGAAUUAUUCUUUGCAUAGUUGGUUUCUUAUUUUUUAUUUUAUGUGUAAUCAGUUGUUUAGGUAUUAAUCGUGAAAAUUUAAAUCUUCUGCGUAUUUCACUUAUUGGUCAAUUUUUAACAUUAAUUAUUUUUUUAAUAUUUGCUAUUACCAUAUUAAUAUGGGGAGGUAAAAUUCGGCAUAAAAUAGCGGAUGCAAUGAUGAUUGGAUUGAAACAACAUUAUCAUAUGGAUAAAGCAUGGACAGUUUUUUUUGAUAAACUUCAUUUAAAUUAUUUUUGUUGUGGUGUUUAUUCAUUCAACGAUUGGAAUGACAAUCCAAAUUAUGCAUGUACAUCCUCGAAUAUCUCUCAAAGUUUUGAUGCUUGUUCGGUGCCUUUUACAUGUUGCAAAAGAGAACAGAAAGACGAUGAUCAACGUAUCUAUAUGAAGUCUCUUGCUUUUACUUGUGGUAUGAUGAUAUUGUUCGAUAUAUCAAUUCGUUUAUUCUAUAUAUCAUUGAUAGGAAUAAAUGUUUUACCAUCACGUAAUAUGACAAUCAAUAUGGAUGAAAUACAAAAACGUAUUAAUAUUAACGGAUGCUUUGAUGAAAUUUUACCUAUCAUUCAACAAUUAAUUAUUACAGCUUCUAUAUUUAUGUUAUUGAUCUGUGUCAUCAUAAUUAUUACUAUGUUUCUCACUUGUUUAUUAACAUUUGAUAUUCGUUUGACUAUAUCAACGGUAAAGCGACAGUGUCAGAAGAAAAGACGCAGCAAUGAAGAGAAUCAUUCCGAACAAGAAGAAGAAAGAUUUUAA